CAGCUGAAGUGAAGCUUCCUGUCGCAGAACGUUAAGGUGAAGGCAGCUUCUUUUUCAGUGUGUGUGUGUGUGUGUGACAUCACUCGCACUUGCUUGGCUUGAAAACCAGAGGCGAGGUUUAGGGUUUGGGGAACAAGUCCAGGAAGCUGCGCUAACUGAUAAGACAGAAAACAUAUGAAACAUAACGCAGGGCAACGUUUAGACUUAUUUUCCCUAGAAAAGUGGAAAUCCAGCUUCCAUUUGACGCGUGAAUAUCUGCGUGAUUAGGACUGUGCUGUAUGUACAGUACACACCCUCACUCCUGGAUAUGGCAGGUCGUGGUGGUCUCAAGGUCCUGCUGCUCUGGGCUGGAAUCAUUGGUCUGAGCAAAAGUCAAAACCCAAGCCCAACAGCCACCUCACCUCCACGCACCACGGCAGCAACAACUGCCCUGAGUUCAGACACUUCGACCCGCAAACCUCCACUCACCACGCCAAACCCCGCUUCAUUCUCCCCAAAUCAAACUAACAAUUCAUCUACUGUGUCUGCCCCCUCACCUCCACGCACCAGGGCAGCAACAACUGCCCUGAGUUCAGACACUUCGACCCCCAAACCUCCACUCACCACGCCAAUCACCACUUCAUUCUCCUCAAAUCAAACUAACAAUUCAUCUACUGUGUCCGCCACUAUUCCUACUACCUCACCCACAAACAGCACUCAAACAGUCUCUCAAAACGCGACCUCACCUCCAGUCACCCAGCUCAGCACCACGACCACGCAAGCAGCCCCUACAGGCGCCUCUUCACUGUGUUCUUACUCUGUAACACCCAUCAAGUUUGGCUUCCGGAUUGAUUUCUCAAACUCUCCCAGCGGUGACUACAACAUAACCUUUACUGAAGACGGCCGACCAGAUAUUAUGAUAACAUCCAACGUUCCUGUCUCCAACCAAACCUCAUCAUAUGACAUCGACGAGCUGAAGCCCUGCACUGAAUAUGAGCAUAACGUCACAUUUCUUCACAGUGAUGGAAACGAAACAUUGUGUAACAGCUCCAAUUAUAAAUCUACAACAACUGAAAUGAAUGCCGGUGACAUUAAAGAAGACAACUCCAAACCUGGACAUGUUUGUUACCAAACUGAUUGGGACAUCAGUUCUCUACAAUCAACACAAAGCCACAUUUCACCUCAGCCACAUGGAAAUAAGACGUUCUGUGUCAAACCUGGUUUUAAUGACAUUUGCUCGGAUUUUACCUUCACGUCAAAAAACUGUGUGAACGCAUCCUUUACCCUCACCAAAUACAUCACUGAUGAGUUUUUGAAUCCAGAGGAAAUAAAACAGAUUCCUGCAGAUAAACUUCCUGCAGAAAUAAAACCAGAAUUACCACCAAACUGUAAUACCCUCACCAGUAAUUACACCUGCUGGGAAGACGGCAAAGACAAUGAGCUGAAGACAUUGUCUGAACUGGAGCCUUUCACUGACUACAGUUGUACUGGUCAGAUCAAGGACAACAAUGUCCUCAUAAAAAACACAAGUGUUCUUCACUUCCGGGUUGACUGUGAUCUAACAAUAACCGUCACAAAGCCAAGUCCAACUAAUACGUCCGUUGAGUUGAUUUGGGAAACAACCAGUCAAAAGUGUGAAGACAACUAUCUUCAGAAUCUUAAAUACUUCUGCAGCUGUGGAAACGCUCCCCUCGCUCAUAGAACUCCAGGUACCAAACUGAGGUCAGGAGGAAAGUGUAACAUUUCUGGACUGAAGCCAUUCACCACAUACAAAUGUAAAGUCCAGCCUACUUACAACGGUCAACAUCUCAAGGAUGUUACUCACAAGGACAUUAAAACUGAUGUUGGAGUACCGGAACCAGUUACAAUGAAACUGCUACUUCAAGAGCAUAAUGUGAUUCAAGUGACAUGUGACCCUCCACAGUUUAAUGGGCCUCAGAAAAUCUACAUAGCACAAGUCUAUUAUGGUAGUGAGAGAGUGGGAAAUAAACGACUAAAUAAUAAAUGUGACUUUGUAUUCGACAAUCUGAGAUACUCCACAACCUACAAAGUGCAGGUGACGGCAUCCAAUGGCAAAUUCGAGAGGGCCUCCGAGAUUGGCUCAAUUACUACCAACUAUAAUGACAAAGCUGUCAUUGGUUUUCUCAUCUUUCUCAUCGUCCUCACGUCUCUGGCUCUGCUGCUUGUUACCUACAAGAUCUACAUUCUGAAGAAGAGAAGGACUCGUGACAUGGGGGAAAACGUGGAGCUCAUUCAACCCACAAAUGAGGAGGAGAACCUGCUGCGUAUCGAGCCAAUCCCAGCAGAGCUUCUGCUGGAGGCUUACAAGAGGAAGCUCGCGGAUGAAGGACGGCUUUUCUUGGAUGAGUUUCAGAGCAUCCCCAGAAUUUUCUCACGGUACUCAGUGAGAGAGGCCAAGAAGACCUGCAAUGUUGCCAAAAACCGCUAUGUGGACAUCUUGCCAUAUGAUUAUAACCGUGUGCAGUUAACCACAGGAAGUGGCCAGGCAGGGUGUGACUACAUCAACGCCAGCUUCAUUGAUGGAUACAAGGAACCAAAGAAGUACAUUGCAGCUCAAGGGCCAAAGGAGGACACUGUGACUGACUUCUGGAGGAUGAUCUGGGAGCAGCAAUCAUCUAUUAUCGUCAUGGUGACGCGCUGUGAAGAGGGAAACAGGAUCAAGUGUGCCCAGUACUGGCCGUCUCCACAGCGGGAAACAGAGAUCUAUAAUGAGUUUGUUGUGCAGCUGAACUCAGAGGAACACUGUCCAGAUUACACCAUCCGCCACCUCUGCCUAAUUAAUAAGAGGGAGAAGAGCUCAGAGAGAGAGGUGACCCACAUCCAGUUCAGGAGCUGGCCCGACCACGGUGUUCCAGACGAGCCACACCUCCUCCUGAAGCUGAGGCGGCGUGUCAAUGCGUUCAAGAACUUCUUCAGUGGCCCCAUUGUUGUCCACUGCAGUGCUGGAGUGGGUAGGACAGGAACCUACAUUGCCAUUGAUGCCAUGAUGGAGGGUCUGGAGGCGGAGGGCAGAGUGGACAUCUACGGUUACAUCGUCCAACUCCGCAGACAUAGAUGUCUCAUGGUUCAAGUCGAGGCCCAGUACAUCCUGAUUCACCAGGCUCUGCUGGAGCACAACCAGUUUGGAGAGACUGAGCUCAUGCUGUCGGAGCUCCACACCACAGUGAAUACACUCAAACAGAAGAGCUCAGACAGUGACUUCACCCUCAUGCAGGAGGAGUUUGAGAGACUUCCUACAUAUAAAAACUGGAGGACAAUCAACACUGGGUCCACCGAGGAAAACAAGGGCAAGAAUCGCUCUCUAUCAGUCGUUCCAUACGACUACAACCGAGUGUUGCUGAAGCUGGACGAAGGAUGCAGCCAUGAUAGUGACCCCAACGAGGAGGAGGGAGAGUCAUCGUGCGACGAGGACGAGGACGAGGACUCUGGUCGAUACAUUAACGCCUCCUACAUCAGCGGUUACUGGGGUCCACAUGCCAUCAUCGCAGCACAGACUCCCCUGACACACACCAUGGCUGAUUUCUGGUUGACGGUUUACCAGAAGAAAGCAUCCACUAUUGUCAUGCUCUCAGAGGAAGAUAAGGAGUCUGUGUACUGGAAUGACGGCAAAAAGACAUUUGAGGACAUCGAGGUGGAGGUGACCAGCACAGAGACCACGUCAGCUUUCAUCACCCGCGACAUGCUGAUCCGUCAUGUCAAGAGGAAAGAGGGUCGGACGGUGAGACAGCUGCAGUUCCUCAAGUGGGUGAACAGCGAGCUGCCAGAGACGCCUCAGGACCUCACAGGCGUGAUCAAGGAAAUCAAGAGCAGCUGUGGCAGCAACAGAUCACACACUAUUGUGGUCCACUGCAAUGACGGCUCGUCCCGCACAGGGAUAUUCUGCGCUCUAUGGAGUCUGCUGGACAGCGCCAACACUGAGAAAGUGGUGGAUGUUUUCCAGGUGGUGAAAACCUUACGCAAGGAGAGACAGAAUAUGAUCUCAAGUCUGGAGCAGUACCAGUUCUUGUAUGACACUGUGCAGAGCGUCUUUCCUGUCCAGAAUGGGGAUGUGAAAGCACCACAGGCUCCUGCAGCUGACUCCAUGCAGAUUGUAAAUGAAACCAAAGCAGCAGCAGAGCAGCCAGCCGUGGAGAAGGCUAAUGAGCAGGCAGGCAGCACUACCAGCACCGACCAGCAGGGGGCGGCAGAUGGAGACAAGAAAGAGGAGGCUGAAGGAGAGUCCACUGGUCCCACAGAGACAAUGGAGGACACCCCCAACGGCCCCAAUGUCCCUCUGGUGGUGUGAGAGCGAUUCACUGUGCUUUAGCUCAAUUCAGUGCUUUCUUUCUUUUUAAUUUUUCCAUGAAUGUAUAAAAAACAUUGUAAAGCUUUUACACAAUGUGGGUUCAAUGAUGUUACAGGAUUUGAUCGAAGCUUUUAAUGUUUUUUGUUUAGUUUUUUUUACAAAAAAGAUAUGAUUUUAAUUAAGUUAUACAUUUUUUAGUCGAUAAAUGAGCAAAGAUUCUAAAAAAAAAAUGCUGUCGUCAAACUAUGUGGCCUUGGAUUUUAUGUAUAUUGAGAGAUAUUACAACUGAAUUUUUAAUAUACAGUACAGUUUUUUUUUUUAAUAUAUCCCACUAUAACUGCA